AUGGGGCAACACCCAACUCAACCCUUUUUGGCGAAUAACACUAUCAUGUUCAAGUAUUCUGUAUUCGGUGAUAUCUGCAUUGCACGCAAGGUGUUUGAUAAUAUGUCCAAAAGAAAUGUUGCGUCAUACAAUACAAUGAUUAGUGGUUAUAGUCGGAAUGGAAGUUUAUUAGAGGCUUGGAAGUUGUUUUCUGAGAUGAGGGGUUGUGGAUAUGUGCCGACUCAGUUUAGUUUUGGUGGGGUUUUGGGUUGUGAGUGUUUGGAUGUUAUUCAAGGAUUUCAGUUGCAAGCGUUGGCUGAAAAAUUGGGGCUGUUUUUCGUUGAUGCUGUAACAGGGACUGCAUUAUUGGGUUUACUUGGAAGGAAAGGAUGGUUAGAUGAAGCUAUGCAGGUUUUCGACGAAAUGCCUAAAAGGAAUUUGGUGACUUUGAAUUGUAUGAUAUCCUUGUUUGGACAGUAUGAAUGUGUUGAGGAGUCAAUGAUGGUGUUAAGGAGGUUAUUAAGGAGUGGAAUGGCUCCUUCCGAGAGCACUUUCGUGGGCAUAUUGGCCGGUUUUGUUGGGGAACUUGAUUUGAUAUUAGGGGAACUAGUACAUGGGUUGGUAGUGAAAAAUGGACUGGAUUUUUCUGUUUCAGUGAAUAAUUCAUUGAUUAACAUGUAUGCGAAAUGCUCUGACAUACAUAUGGCGGAGAAAAUGUUUGAAGAUGUUCCUGUUAAGGAUGUUGUGUCGUGGAAUACAAUGGUUGGUGCAAUGGCGAAGAUUGAAAGAGCGGAUAGGGCAUUGGUUGUUUUAAGGAAAAUGUGUGUAAGUGGCGUAUUGCUUAAUGAUACGAGUUAUGUGAGUGCCCUAAGUUGCUGCACUAGCCAGCAGUUUCGAUUGCUUGGGGAGUCCAUCCAUGCGAAAGUAAUCCAGAAAAAGUUUGAAUCUGAUGUAUAUGUCGGUAGUGCUUUACUUGACUUUUAUGUUAAAUGUGAUAGAUUGGAUGAUGCUCAUGUUUGCUUUGAUGAAAUAUCGGAGAAGAAUGUGGUUUCUUGGAAUACGUUGAUGUUGGGUUAUUCGAGUAAAGGUUCUUCUUAUGUUAUUACGCUGCUUCAACAAAUGAUUCACUCGGGUUGUCUUCCCACUGAGUUUUCUUUUUCUAUUGCUGUGAAAUCGUCAGGACUAUUAGAGGUACUUCAGCUCCAUUCUUUGUCCAUAAAAAUGGGUUACAUUGAUAAUGAUUAUGUCUCUAGCAGUUUCAUUUCUUCGUAUGCAAAAUCUAGUUCAGUUGAUGAUGCCCUAAGGUUUGUCACUACCAAUGACAUGCCACUUCCUGUUGUUGCAUCCAAUAUGAUCGCAAAUAUUUAUAACAGAAAUGGACAAUUCGAUAAGACUCAAGAGUUGUUUUCGGACCUUGAAAAUCCAGAUACUGUAUCUUGGAAUAUCUUGAUUGCAGCCUGUUCUAGAAAUGGUGAUUACGAAGAAGUUUUUGAACUUCUUGGACACAUGCGGAUGGCUAGAGUAUCUCCUGAUAGAUACACAUAUGUUAGCCUGUUUAGUGUGUGCACCAAGCUUUGUAACCUUGGUCUAGGUAGCUCACUUCAUGGCCUCAUUAUAAAGACUGAUUUUAAGCGUUGUGACACAUUUGUCUGCAAUAUCAUGAUUGACAUGUAUGGCAAAUGCGGGAGUCUUGCAAGUUCAAUCAAGAUUUUCAAUGAAAUGACGACUAAAAAUGUGAUCACAUGGACAACCAUUGUUUCAGCCCUUGGACUGCACGGUUAUGCACACGAGGCAUUAGAGAAAUUCAAGGAGAUGGAUAUGAACGGAAUUAAACCUGAUAAGGUUGUUUUCGUAGCUGUGCUUUCAGCAUGUAGGCACGUUGGAUUAGUGAAAGAGGGAAUGAAAUUGUUUGGGCAGAUGAAAGGGAAAUAUGGGGUAGAACCAGAGAUGGAUCACUAUCUUAUUGCAGUGGACUUGUUGGCUAGGUAUGGCUAUUUGACAGAAGCCGAGCAGUUAAUCACUGGGAUGCCUUUCCCUCCAAAUGCUCUAAUAUGGCGCAUUUUUUUGGAAGGCUGCAAGAAAAAGAGAAGCAUAGACGACACUAUCGCUCUUGCUUCAUAA